AUGGAGAACGCGCACACAAAGACGGUGGAGGAGGUGUUGGGCUACUUCGGCGUCAACGAGAGCACGGGACUGAGCCUGGAACAGGUCAAGAAGCUCAAGGAGAGAUGGGGUUCCAACGAGUUACCUGCUGAAGAAGGAAAAACCUUGCUGGAACUUGUGAUUGAGCAGUUUGAAGACUUACUAGUUAGAAUUUUAUUGCUGGCAGCGUGUAUAUCUUUUGUUUUGGCUUGGUUUGAAGAAGGUGAAGAAACAAUUACAGCCUUUGUAGAACCCUUUGUAAUUUUGCUUAUAUUGGUAGCCAAUGCAAUUGUGGGUGUAUGGCAGGAAAGAAAUGCUGAAAAUGCAAUUGAAGCCCUUAAGGAGUAUGAGCCUGAAAUGGGCAAAGUGUAUCGACAGGACAGAAAGAGUGUACAGCGAAUUAAAGCUAAAGACAUAGUUCCUGGAGACAUUGUAGAGAUUGCUGUUGGUGACAAAGUUCCAGCUGAUAUAAGACUAACUUCCAUCAAAUCUACAACCCUAAGAGUAGACCAGUCGAUUCUCACAGGUGAGUCUGUCUCUGUCAUCAAGCACACUGACCCUGUCCCUGACCCACGGGCUGUCAACCAAGAUAAGAAGAACAUGCUGUUCUCUGGCACAAACAUUGCUGCUGGAAAAGCCAUGGGAGUGGUGGUGGCAACUGGAGUUAACACUGAAAUUGGCAAGAUCCGUGAUGAAAUGGUGGCAACGGAACAAGAGAGAACACCCCUCCAGCAAAAACUAGAUGAGUUUGGAGAACAGCUGUCCAAAGUCAUCUCCCUCAUCUGCAUUGCAGUCUGGAUCAUAAACAUAGGGCAUUUCAAUGACCCAGUUCACGGAGGCUCCUGGAUCAGAGGAGCUAUCUACUACUUUAAAAUUGCAGUGGCCCUGGCUGUCGCAGCCAUUCCCGAAGGUCUACCUGCUGUCAUCACCACCUGCCUAGCUCUUGGAACACGCAGAAUGGCAAAGAAAAAUGCCAUUGUUCGAAGCCUUCCCUCUGUGGAAACUCUUGGUUGUACUUCUGUUAUCUGCUCAGACAAGACUGGCACGCUUACAACGAACCAGAUGUCAGUCUGCAGGAUGUUCAUUCUGGACAAAGUGGAAGGUGAUACUUGUUCUCUUAAUGAGUUUACCAUAACCGGAUCAACAUAUGCACCUAUUGGAGAAGUGCAUAAAGAUGAUAAACUGGUGAAGUGUCAUCAAUAUGAUGGUCUUGUAGAAUUAGCAACGAUUUGUGCUCUUUGUAAUGACUCUGCUUUGGAUUACAAUGAGGCAAAGGGUGUGUAUGAAAAAGUGGGAGAAGCUACAGAGACGGCACUCACCUGCUUAGUAGAGAAGAUGAAUGUAUUCGAUACUGAAUUGAAGGGGCUUUCUAAAAUAGAGCGUGCAAAUGCCUGCAACUCGGUCAUCAGACAGUUGAUGAAGAAGGAAUUCACCCUCGAGUUUUCACGCGACAGAAAGUCUAUGUCUGUUUACUGUACGCCAAACAAACCAAGUCGGACAUCAAUGAGCAAGAUGUUUGUGAAGGGUGCUCCCGAGGGUGUAAUUGACAGGUGUACCCACAUUCGAGUGGGAAGCACGAAAGUUCCCAUGACUUCAGGGGUCAAGCAGAAAAUAAUGUCUGUCAUCCGAGAGUGGGGCAGUGGCAGUGAUACCUUGCGCUGCCUGGCUCUGGCCACACACGACAACCCAAUGAGGAGAGAAGAAAUGAACUUGGAGGACUCCGCCAACUUCAUCAAAUACGAGACCAACCUGACCUUCGUUGGCUGUGUGGGCAUGCUGGACCCCCCAAGGAUCGAAGUGGCCUCAUCAGUGAAGCUGUGCAGGCAGGCGGGCAUCCGCGUCAUCAUGAUCACAGGGGACAACAAGGGUACCGCUGUAGCCAUCUGUCGCCGGAUUGGCAUCUUUGGGCAGGACGAGGACGUGACAUCGAAGGCCUUCACGGGCCGGGAAUUUGACGAGCUCAGUCCCCCGGCACAGAGGGACGCCUGCUUGACUGCCCGCUGCUUUGCUCGUGUGGAACCUUCCCACAAGUCCAAAAUCGUAGAGUUUCUUCAGUCUUUUGAUGAGAUCACAGCGAUGACAGGAGAUGGUGUGAAUGAUGCACCUGCGCUAAAGAAAUCUGAGAUUGGCAUCGCCAUGGGCUCUGGUACCGCCGUGGCCAAGACCGCUUCUGAGAUGGUCCUGGCCGAUGACAAUUUUUCCACCAUCGUGGCUGCGGUGGAGGAAGGGCGGGCCAUCUACAACAACAUGAAGCAGUUCAUCCGCUACCUCAUCUCGUCCAAUGUCGGCGAGGUUGUCUGCCACGUUUAUGAGCACUGUGAUGUUCUGUCUCCAGGUUAUGUUGGCGCCGCUACUGUGGGUGCUGCUGCGUGGUGGUUUAUUGCUGCUGACGGCGGUCCUCGGGUUACCUUCUACCAGCUGAGUCACUUCCUGCAGUGUAAGGAGGACAACCCUGACUUUGAAGGAGUGGAUUGUGCAGUCUUUGAAUCGCCCUACCCAAUGACAAUGGCGCUCUCUGUUCUUGUAACCAUAGAGAUGUGUAAUGCCCUCAACAGCUUGUCUGAAAACCAGUCCUUGCUGAGGAUGCCCCCCUGGGAGAACAUCUGGCUCGUGGGCUCCAUCUGCUUGUCCAUGUCCCUCCACUUCCUCAUCCUCUACGUAGAGCCCUUGCCGCUUAUCUUCCAGAUCACACCGCUCAACUUGACCCAGUGGCUGAUGGUGCUGAAAAUCUCCCUGCCUGUGAUCCUCAUGGAUGAGACCCUCAAGUUCGUGGCCCGCAACUACCUGGAGCCUGGUAAAGAGUGUGUGCAGCCGGCACGGCCGUGCUCGCUCUCAGCGUGCACCGACGGCAUCUCCUGGCCCUUUGUGCUGCUCGUAGCGCCCCUGGUGGCCUGGGUCUAUAGCACAGACACUAACUUCACCGAUAUGUUCUGGUCUUGA